CAGCGGCAGGAGCCGGCGGCUGCUGCGGAGGAUGCGAACUUUGCGCUGGCUGCUGCUCCCGCUGGUUACGGGAAUCCACCCAGAAUGCAAAAUAUUCCAGCAGGUGGUCAAAGAGGAGGCUCUCUGCUUGGAACACAAUGAAUCUGCCUCACCUGAUCUUAAAGGAUGUGCCAGAGAUUGGGAUGGUUUAACCUGCUGGCCCAGAGCCACUUUUGGGGAAGUGGUUAAAAUUCCCUGCCCACGAUUUUUUGAAGAAUUCACCAGUACACACGGUUUUCUCCAGAGGAACUGCACACAGGAGGAAUAUUGGUCAGAGCCAUUCCCACCAUACACCAUUGCCUGUGGCUUUGAUGAAGGUUCCAGUAAAGGACCUGAGGAUCAGAAAUCCUAUUAUUCUGCAUUUUGGCGUGUCUACACUGCUGGCUAUGCAGCAUCCGUGACUUCACUCAUUACAGCUCUAAUUGUCUUUGCUGCCUUCAGAAAAUUCCACUGCACACGGAAUUACAUCCACAUGCACCUGUUUGUCUCCUUUAUCUUGAGAGCAGUUGCUGUUUUCACCAAAGAUGCUGUUUUGUUUGCAGAUGAAACUAUGGACCACUGCCUCAUGUCAACGGUUGCUUGUAAGGCUGCUGUGGCCUUCUUUCAGUUCAGUAUUUUAGCCAAUUUCUUCUGGCUUCUCAUAGAAGGGAUCUACCUGCAAACCCUGCUGCUGCUGACCUUUGUUUCCAACAAGAAGUUUGUGUGGUGGUUCAUAUUUACUGGCUGGGGAGCUCCCACUGCUGUGAUGUUUGCUUGGGUCCUCACACGAAUCCAUCAACAGAACACUGGAUGUUGGGACGAUGAUGAAAAUGGAGUGGUGUUAUGGAUCAUCAAAGGCCCAAUCCUGCUGACUGUAUUAAUUAACUUUAUUAUAUUCAUUAAUGUGAUCAGGAUUCUAGUCCAUAAAUUGAAAUCCCAGGAGGGAGGAGGGAGCCAUUCAAGCCACUUUGUGAGACUUGCAAAGUCCACGUUACUUUUGAUCCCCCUCUUUGGGGUGCACUACAUUGUGUUUGCAUUUUUCCCAGAGAGCACGGGUCUGGAGGCUCGGCUUUACAUCGAGCUGGGCCUGGGCUCAUUUCAGGGUUUUGUUGUUGCUCUCCUAUAUUGCUUCUCAAAUGCAGAGGUUCAAACUGAGCUGAAGAAACAACUGUGCAAGUGGCAGUACCAGGAGUACCUGACCUUCACCCACAAGCAGGGGGCUUUGUCCAGGGAAACCAGCCCAGUCAACUACGUCACUCAGCUCUCCCUGCUGGACAAAAUCAGCCCCAAAAGGAGAACCUCUGUGCUCCAGGAUGGUGUCACCACUGUCUGAGGGGCUC